CAAAACCCACCCCGCCAGCCGCCCCCUCUUCCCUUUCUCCUCGCCUCUCCUUCCCCCGCAAACUGUUCGCUGGGAGACCCCGCCUCCACUCCACCGCGCCGCCGCUGCCGCCGCCGUGGCCAUCCCGGCGAGCACAUACCUUAGCUCCGCGGCAUAUAGGAGGUCUCCCGGCUGUUGACCCACAGGAUAGGGCUGCCCUCGCCGCAAAACCCACCCAGCCAGCCGCCCCCCUUCCCUUUCCUCGCCUCUCCUUCCCCCGCAAACUGUUCGCUGGGAGACCCCGCCUCCACUCCACCGCGCCGCCGUGGCCUUCCCGGCGCGCACAUACCUUAGCUCCGCUGCUUUGUUCACUGACACAGCUAAACAGUGGGUACGUAAAUGGAGAUGAAGUCGUCUAAACGGCCCUUCGAGUUGCUCAUAGAGAAGAGGCUAUGCCUUGAAAUCCUCAGAUCUGAUUACAUCAAAAUGUUUCACAAGAUUAAGGUCCACAAGAAUGCCAUAGACGAGAUUUACAAUCAAGUCAACCAUGUUGAGCCAUGGAUGAUUAACGACAAGAGGGUCCCUGGGCACGAUACCUUCAUUGCCCUCACCAAACCCGUCCGCAUUGUCCCCUCCAAGGCCUUCUGCCUCCUUUACAAGCCCUUCACCAUGAAACUUACCACGAAGCAGAUCAAGGACCUAAUUGACAACACGCACUCGCCUUAUGUCAGAGCUAUUGGAUUUUUAUACCUGCGGUAUGUUGCGGAACCAGAUACCUUAUGGACUUGGUAUGAGCCCUACAUUCGAGAUGACGAGAAGUUUUCGCCUGGACCCAAUGGUCAAAUGACUACUAUGGGCGUUUAUGUGCGUGAUCUCCUCCUGGGUGAGCGCUACUUCGGCAGUCCUCUUCCGCGAAUGCCAACCCGAGUUUUGCAAGAGGUCAUGGCCGAUCUUAAGACGAUGAGGCUCCCAACAAAACUGUCAGGGAUAAUUCAGUAUUCUUCCGUACAAGGAAGUGAAAGUGGUCAUGCAAAAUCUCCACCGAGGAAGCACCGAAGUCAAAGUUGUGAGAGUAGUCAUGAUACUGAGAGGAACCAUUCAGAGCAUGAUCGUCCUAGGCACAAUGUUAGGGAGCAAGGUCGGCAAGCCCAAGUCAAGAAAGACCUUGAAAGGGAUGAUGAGAGACGUAGGGGUUCUGACCGAAAUGGCUGUUCGAGUGGACGCCGCAGGAGCAGAAGCAGGAGCCGUGAAAGGAGGGACUGGGGACUUGACCGUGAAAGGAAGGACCCUGGUCGAAACAGGCGUUCGAGAGGCCGCAGUGGCAGGAGCAGGAGCAGGAGCAGGAGUAGGGGCAGGAGGUGGAGCAGGGGCGAGCACGAGCCUGAGCAGGAGCAGGAGCGUCAGCCCCACUUCAUUUUGCGAAGAUGAAGGGAGUAUGGCGAACGCCAUCUAACAUAUAAAGCCUGCUAGACUACCCGCUGUUCCAGCGGCAUUGCGUUCGCGCAGCAUUUUCAACCGCACGAUGCAUUUACUGUUUGCAGUUUUACCCUGCUGUCAAUUGGCCAACCGCUCGUUGCAUUCACACACGUCCAAUAAUUAUGUAGCUCUAUGACUGAUGGGGUCGAGUGUCUAUGGGGCCACUGAGCGGAGGCUGGGUUUCUCUUGAGCUGGGUGGGCGAUUGGCUGGUGGACCGCAGUUCGUGGUUGGGUGGGAGCGACGUGAAGGGAUGGGUUUUCCCUGGUCUACGCAGACCGUGCUCUACCCUGCUGUUUCGAUGGUCCCGGUUGGCAUUUGGGCCUGCUGUGAAGUGGCUUGGGUGCUCAGGUAGCUCAUACGAGAGGGAUUGCCAACUGGAUAAGAGCGGCGUGGCGGUCUCGACCAUUGGUCAGAGGCCAUGUGACCUAGCCGCCCGCAGCUGCAGCCGCCUCCUCUCCUCUUCCUCGUUCUCCUGCCGCCGCCGCCUCCUCCUCUCCUCUCCCCGAAUUCUCCUACCUCAGUCGUCGUUGUCGCCGCCGCCGCCGUCGACCUAGACGUCACCGGCUGAGACCGCUGUGGUAUGGAUAAGGAGACGAGAGGAAGAGGACAUCCUUCCCUGACAGCGCCCCGACCUGCCAGGUCUUCCUCCUCGUCGGCCUAGGUCUGGUUCUGCUGGAUUAGAUGGACAGAAGUGGUGGAUCCGAUGGUUGCCGGAA